AUGUCAUCUCGACCGACGUCUCCCAAGUCUUCCGAGCGAACUCCGCUGCUCUCGAGAACGGAAGAAGACUCUCGCACUAGUUAUAAUGAUCAUCCCCAUGUCCCUCCGUCACCUGUGGAAUACCCUGAAUCUAUAACAGACCCAAAACAGAAACGAUGGCCAACAAUCAUAGCUUUAUCCAUCCUAUGUCUCGCGGUGCUAGUGGCGUGCUUCGGCCUGACGCUUCCCUCCGUGAUCGAAGAGUAUGCAAAGGAGGGAGUUGUCUUCGAACCUACCAAGUUAUCGAUUGACUCCUUCACUGCCCUUGGUAUCCGUGCCCGAAUCCAAGGCACAUUCUAUAUGGACGCUUCCAGGGUACACAAUAAAGCCACAAGAGAACUGGGUAAAUUUGGUACUUGGAUCGCAAGAGAAGUCAAAAGCGGUGAAUCGGAAGUCCACGUAUUUCUCCCUGAGUACGACGGUGUUCUGCUAGGAAGGGCCACUCUGCCUCCCGUCACGGUCAACAUUCGGAACCACCAUUACAACCAUGUUGACGUAUUGACGGACCUCGAACCGGGUGAUCUAGACGGCGCUCGACAGCUGGCCAAAGAUUUCAUAGAUGGAAAAUUGAAUGAAAUCACCAUUGAAGCCGUCGCCACCGUUCCCAUUCAGAGUGGCAUCAUAAAACUGGGAAGGCAAACCAUUUCGCAGGUUCUCCAAUUCCAGGGUCAUGAUGUUCCCGCCGUCCCCAAUUUUGACAUUCAACAACUUCGUUUUGCCGAAUAUGGCAUGCCCGGGCAUCCUGACGGUGUCAAAGCCAUGGCAGUCGUCUCCGCGAUGAAUGAUUAUCCGGUCAGAUUCGAUGUGCCGCCUUUGGCUUUUGAUGUACUUGUCCCAGACUGUUCGGAUGACUAUCUUCUACUCGGCACCGCCAACACUGAUGUCAUUCAUAUCCUACCGAAACAGAAUGUCACCGCCAGUGUCACUGGAAUGAUUCGACAAUUACCGACGUCGUUGACAGCGGCAUGUCCAGGCACGAAUACUUCACCCUUGGACAGCUUGGUUGCCGAUUAUCUGGCUGGAAAGGACACCACCGUAUACAUUCGGGGCGGCCGGCAAGACGAAGAUGCACCGGCAUGGAUUGGGAGGUUAUUGCGCGAUACAACAUUGCCAUUCUCACUUCCUGGACAUCCCUUUGACAAUUUAAUCAAAAACUUUUCCUUGGCCGAUGUUCACUUCUCCUUGCCCGACCAGACGACAGAUUCGCAUCCAAAAAUUUCUGCCGUCGUCAAAGUUUUGGUCGGCCUUCCGCCAGAAAUGAACGUCAACUUGGAUGUUGACCGAGUGAGAGCGGACGCCGAUGUUUUCUACGAAGGUCAGCUGCUCGGCAAUUUGGAUUUACGGCAAUGGCAGGCGGCCAAUGCCACACAAACCGACAAUGAUCUGUUGGUUCAAUCGAUUGUCAAAGACGCCCCUCUGGAAAUUAAGAAUGAUUCGGUAUUUUCAAAAGUUGUUCCGAAGCUGCUUUUCGGUGAUGGGGCGACAUUUUCAGUUCAUGCCACGGUCGAUGUCAACACGGAGACUGCCUUGGGAGAAUUUGUGGUGCGAAGAAUUCCGGCGAAAGGAAAUAUUUUCAUCAAACCUCUUGGCGGGGGGGUUGAAACGCCAGAAAUAAAGGGUAUGGAAGUCGUCGAUACAUCGGAAAAGUCAUUAACUCUGCAGGCAAGGGUUAAUGUGACCAAUCCUACGGGAUAUUCGGCUUCGGUUCCUUAUUGCAACGUCAGCAUUUGGGUCAAUGAGACCAGAAUUGGGUAUGCAUGGGCCUCAGCCAACAUUGUUCCCGGUCCAAACAAUGUGACCGUCCGAGCCUCAUGGGAAGUGGGUGAUGUCGGAAGAGAAUGGCUGUCUCAGUACAUCUCCGGCUACAACACGACAUUGACGGUCAAGAGCCAUGCUGGUUCCAUUCCAAAGGUCCCUAAUCCACACGUGGAAUUGACAUUGCCAACACCAAAAUUGUCGGGUCACUUUUUGAAAGAAGCCACGAUGCAUAUUUUCUCGUCAACGGCAACCUUUGUGUUGGUUUCCCCCGUUGCUCUUUACGUCACUAGCGUUGCCGCGGCCGCGUACUAUAAUGGAACAGAAGUUGGGACAAUUGAUUGGGAUUAUCCUUUUGCGAUCGAACCCGGGGAAAACUUGACCCCCAGGUUACCCGUGGAAUGGGGCAGCAAUGCCUUGGGAACAAUUAGAGAGGCACUUGGAGGAACUUUGACAUUGGACGCAAAGGCUAACGUGGGUGUCAGGAUAGACGAAUGGAACGAGCAAGUCUGGUAUGAAGGUCAUGGUUUGGGCGCAAAGAUUCGAUUAUGA